UUCGGCUUGCGAGCGGGAACGUCUUAGUCGUACACAGAGAAAGAACGAUUUAAAAAUGGGUGAUGUUGAGAAGGGCAAGAAGAUUUUUGUUCAGAAGUGUGCCCAGUGCCAUACUGUGGAAAAGAGAGGCAAGCACAAGACUGGGUCAAAUCUCCAUGGCCUGUUUGGGCGAAAGACAGGUCAGGCUGUCGGAUUCUCUUACACAGAUGCCAACAAGAACAAAGGCAUCACCUGGGGAGAGGAGACACUGAUGGAGUAUUUGGAGAAUCCCAAGAAGUACAUCCCUGGAACAAAAAUGAUCUUCGCUGGCAUUAAGAAGAAGGGAGAAAGGGCAGACUUGAUAGCUUAUCUCAAAAAACUACUAAUGAGUAAUAGUUGGCCACUGCCUUAUUUAUUAUGAAACAAAUGUCUCAUGACUUU